AUGGCUGCCUCCUGCGUGGCUGUGCUAGCGCUGUCCCUAUUGUUGCCGCCGCUGCUGCUGAUCGCGUGGAAGCGCUGGCGGCGGGGGCGCACGGCCCGGCACGCGGUCGUCGUGGUGCUGGGCGACGUGGGCCGCAGCCCCCGAAUGCAGUACCACGCGCUGUCAUUGGCCAAGUGUGGCUUCUCCGUGACCCUCCUGGGGUUCUGCAACUCCAAACCCCACGAUGAGCUCUUGCAGAGUGACAGAAUUCGGAUUGUGCCUUUGACAGAACUUCAGAGACUUGCAGUUGGGCCACACAUUUUUCAGUAUGGAGUCAAAGUUGUAUUUCAGGUGGUGCACUUGCUGUGGAAGUUGAUGUGCAGUGAGCCAGCAGCCUACAUCUUUCUCCAGAACCCCCCCGGCUUGCCUGCCAUUGCUGUCUGCUGGUUUGUGGCCUGCCUCUGUGGGACAAAGCUCGUCAUCGACUGGCACAACUAUGGCUACUCCAUUAUGGGUCUGGUACAUGGCCCCAGCCACUGCCUCGUUCUGCUGGCCAAGUGGUACGAGAAGCUUUUCGGACGCCUCUCCCACUUGAACCUGUGUGUGACCAGUGAGAUGCGGGAAGACCUGGCAGAGAACUGGGGCAUCAAAGCUGUGACUGUCUACGACAAGCCAGCAUCUUUCUUUAAAGAGACACCCUUGGACCUGCAACACCGGCUCUUUAUGAAGCUGGGCCGCACCUACUCUGCACUCAGGGCCAGCUCGGAUCCCUUGGACCCAGCCACGGAGAGGUCGGCCUUCACGGAGCGGGAUGCUAACAGCGGGAUGGUGACACGUCUUCGUGGGCGGCCGGCCCUGUUGGUCAGCAGCACGAGCUGGACAGAGGAUGAAGACUUCUCCAUCUUGCUGGCAGCGUUAGAAAAGUUUGAACACCUGAUCCUGAAUGGAGAAAGCUUGCCUUCUUUGGUCUGUGUGGUAACAGGCAAAGGGCCUCUGAAGGAGCAUUACAGCCACCUCAUUGGCCAGAAGCAUCUCCAGCACAUCCAGGUCUGUACCCCAUGGCUGGAGGCUGAGGAUUACCCCCUGCUUCUAGGGUCAGCAGACCUGGGCGUCUGCCUGCACAAGUCCUCCAGCGGCCUGGACCUGCCCAUGAAGGUGGUGGACAUGUUUGGAUGCUGCCUGCCCGUGUGUGCCGUGAACUUCCGGUGCUUACACGAGCUUGUGAAACAUGAGGAAAAUGGCCUGGUCUUUGAUGACGCAGAGGAACUGGCUGCUCAGCUGCAGAUGCUUUUCUCAAAGUUUCCUGAUCCUGAUGGCAAACUGAACCAGUUCCGGAAGAAUCUUCGGGAGUCCGAGCAGCUUCGUUGGGACGAGAGCUGGAAACAGACAGUUCUCCCUUUGCUUGUGGACACAUGACCCCUUGGGCCAAAGACUGAACCCCCCUGAGCAUGUCCUGGUGUUGGAUGUCACAAAGAGGAAGACCCUGAGGUUCAUGCAAAGCCCUCCCUGCUCUCAUAGCCUUCCCACCAGAACCGUGCUCCAUGUCCCUCCUCCGGCCUCUUCCAGCUGCUGUCCGUUCCCUGCACAAACUGUGUAGAGCAGCGCCUCCCAGAGGAUGGCCGUUGAAAGGAUAGCAGCAGGUGCCACGCAUAGGAUGAAAUUAUCCCCCCCACCCUUUCCUUUAAACUUUAUUCAGAAGGCGAAUUUUGGCAGUUUCAUGACCACUUUGGUCAAUAAAAAAAUCGUAUGGUCAUUUCUAAGUUGCCAAACAGUCUCAAUUCAGGACAGAGAGGUGAGGGCAGCAAGAAAGUUUUCAUUUAAUUGGCGCUGGCAUAGAUGGCUUCCCAUCCCUGGAGAUACUCAGUUGCACCUCUAUGACGGGGGUGAUGUGUUUUUCUCACGCUGGCUGCUCCAGUUAUGGGAGGUCCACUCCACACAGAAUCUGCUGGAAGUCUCCUCGCUUCCUGUUUUCUUUGAGAAUGAUUUAAAUACCUCCAGAUAGCCAGGCUGUGGGCCUGUGCUCAGAGUGUUGUGUGCAUUGGGCUGUCAUAGUCAACAACAUUAACACAUCAGAAAUGGAGGAGAAAUCCCAAACCAAAGGGCCACCAAUGAAAUUUUCAAUAAGAUGGAGAAGGUUGUCUACCAAGUGAAGUGCUAGUUCCCAAUGUAUAUUGUCAGAGACCAUUUCAUUGCUCUUCAUGCGUUAUGAAGGGUAAAAGGGUUUGGAUGAUUGGGACAGUUAAGGAGAGAGGAUUUGUAAUAAGGAAAUCUUUACAGAGCCCUGGAGUAUGAGUCCCACAUCUUCCUAAAGUCGGGGAAAGAGGUGUCUCCCUCGCACCACAAACUUCGGGAGAGAGCUUCCACAGCUCUACAUGUGAGGCUAACCGUGUAGCAGGGGAUGUGGUGGUUGGCACAUCUCAACAGCCAGAGACAGGCUUCCCAGACAAGCUGAGGAAGGGCCAGCCUUCGGCUUGGAAUGAACUUAUUCUAAUGACUGGGAAUCUGUGGCCCAGGAAACUACUUCAUCCUUGAGUCACUUCUUUCUCCUUUUUUUCUUUCCUCUAUAGUUUAUUACUUUUCUGUUAAUAGCCUGUGGUCUAUUCCACAUCUCUUUGUCCCUGUUUUUGUCUCCUGGUGUCUGCCUCUCAGCAUCUGCUGUUAUGUCCCUAAUAUUUUGAUUCCUGCUUUGACAUGGGCACUGCAGCCCCCACACUGUGAGCAGAGAUGUGCCAUGUGCACCGUAGGAUGUGUGUCCAGAAUGGAGGAAAACGUACUCGAUAUAUGUGUUUUUACCUGCACAAGUGGAAUGCUUAUCUCUGAGCCAAAGUUUUCAUUUCUGAUUUAUGGUGAUUUGCUUACAACCAGAACUGCUGACAGAAAGGGGCACCCCCACACUUGAACAGUUAUAUUUCAUUAGAACAUAGU